AUGCUGAAACAGACCGAAAGGAGGCGGUCUUGGGGGUACAGGUCCUGGAACACCCCCGAGAGUGAAGAUGCAGCCCAAGAGGGGGGCAGCCAACACCGCAGGAGCAUCUGCUCUGUGGGGGCCCGCUCGGGCUCCCAGGCCAGCAUCCCACCGUGGAUCGAGGGCAACUAUAACUACUACAUCGAGGAGGACGAGGAUGGGGAGGAGGAGGAGCAGUGGAAGGACGACCCGGCCCAGGAGGACCAGCAGCCAGAGGAGGCCACCACCGACCAAGCGGAAGGCCGCAGCGACGCACCGAUCGUGUCGUCCACACUGAACGUGAACGUGGGUGGCCACAGCUACCACCUGGACUACACCGAGCUGGCCUGCUACCCCAAGACGCGCCUGGGCCGCCUGGCCACCUCCACCAGCCGCAGCCGCCAGCUGGGCCUAUGCGACGAUUAUGAGGCGCAGACGGACGAGUACUUCUUCGACCGCGACCCGGAGGUCUUCCAGCUCAUCUACAACUUCUACGCGUCCGGGGUGCUGCUGGUGCGCGACGAGCUGUGCCCGCGCAGCUUCCUGGAGGAACUGGGCUACUGGGGCGUGCGGCUCAAGUACACCCCGCGCUGCUGCCGCAUCUGCUUCGAGGAGCGGCGCGACGAGCUGAGCGAGCAGCUCAAGAUCCAGCGCGAGCUGCGCGCCCAGGCCCAGGCCGAGGAGGCCGAGGAGCUCUUCCGAGACAUGCGCUUCUACGGGCCACAGCGGCGCCGCCUCUGGAACCUCAUGGAGAAGCCCUUCUCGUCGGUGGCCGCCAAGGCCAUCGGGGUGGCCUCCAGCCUUUUCGUGCUCAUCUCGGUCGUGGCGCUGGCGCUCAACACGGUGGAGGAGAUGCAGCAGCACGCGGAGCAGGGCGCGGGCGGCGGCUACCCGCGGCCCUUCCUGGAGCACGUGGAGAUGCUGUGCAUGGCCUUCUUCACGCUCGAGUUCCUGCUGCGCCUCGCCUCCACCCCUGAUCUGCGGCGCUUCGCGCGCAGCGCCCUCAACCUGGUGGACCUGGUGGCCAUCCUGCCGCUCUACCUGCAGCUGCUGCUUGAGUGCUUCACGAGCGAGGACCAGCUGCGGGGCAAGGGCUCGCCGCGGGAGCACGACCUCGAGACCGUGGGCCGCGUGGGCAAGGUGGGCCAGGUGCUGCGCGUCAUGCGCCUCAUGCGCAUCUUCCGCAUCCUGAAGCUGGCGCGCCACUCCACCGGCCUGCGCGCCUUCGGCUUCACGCUGCGCCAGUGCUACCAGCAGGUGGGCUGCCUCAUGCUCUUCAUCACCAUGGGCAUCUUAACCUUCGCUGCAGCCGUGUACUCCGUGGAGCACGACGUGCGCGGCACCAACUUCACCAGCAUCCCCCAUGCCUGGUGGUGGGCUGCGGUGAGCAUCUCCACCGUGGGCUAUGGGGACGUGUACCCCGAGACCCACCUGGGCAGGCUCUUUGCCUUCCUCUGCAUUGCUUUCGGGAUCAUCCUCAAUGGGAUGCCCAUUUCCAUCCUCUACAACAAGUUCUCCGACUACUACAGCAAGCUCAAGGCAUACGAGUACACCGCCAUACGACGGGAAAGGGGGAACGUGGAGUUCAUGCAGAGAGCCAGAAAGAAGAUGGCUGAGUGCUUGGCUAGAAGCAACCCACAGCCCACCCCAAGGCCAAAUAAUUAA